AUGCAAACGUACAUUAUAGUGACGAUCUCGUGUCAUCAAGUCUGCUUCAUCGGAUCGGAGUACAACCCACAUUCUGGUAUGCCACCCCGUUGGUUCUUACCGUGCGAAGAUCCGUGCGAAUGCACUGCUAUACGCCUGGGCGGAAUGCGCAUCCCUGCUUCGUCAUACCGCCAGGGGGCGCCCCACUACCUGAACGAGCUUUUCCUGAGCGAGGAUUCCGACGAAAUUCAAGCUUACUUCGACUGUCAGCCUGCAGAGAAUAAUCCAGCUGAGCGUUCAAGCCCGCAACCCCUUGGUAUGGAGGACGGGACAAUCCAAGAUGAACGAAUCACGGCGUCCAGUAGUUACUACUGUUGUUCUGCCAGUGAGGCACGCCUCAACCAUGACAACGGAUGGAUAGCCGAGAGUGACGAUGCCAAUCCCUGGAUCGAGGUGGACCUCGUUGAGUCUACAGUGGUGAGCGGGGUCAUCACACAAGGCUACAGGGACACUUUGUAUGUGAAAAAGUACAUGGUGGCGUACAAGAAACAGCCCUCAUCUGACUAUGAACACGUUAAUGGAAACGGAGACAUCAAGGUGUUCAUCGGUUACGUUGAAGGCAACACCCUGGUCACUAGCCUGUUUGAUGAGAGUGUGGUGGCCACGGUAGUGCGCAUUGAGCCUACUGAAUGGAAUGUUGGUGUUGCUCUGCGAUUGGAGCUGCUUGGAUGUCGCCGUGAUUAAUUCAGUUUAAGCAGCAGCUGAUUCUUUCCAACAGCGCUGACAAAUUUUCAUUCCACAUAAAAGUAAAUGCGACGGUAGAUAACAUUAAAAUUGAUAAUAAAUACCAUGUUUGGUAGGAGGAAUAUUUCUCACAAAGCAAGAAUACACUGAAGAUUUAAAAUAAUCACUACGGACUCUGAUGAGGUUUUUGUCUUUAACUAAAAGGUAUCUCGAGGUAAAAAUACAUUCUAGGGUAGUUAAUGUUCACAAUGUUUAUUAAAAUUAAUGAACCUAUUAUCUCCAAGUUUCGUUUGUGGA